UUGACUAAAUUUGUUACGGAUAAUCUUAGUGGGAGAGACUUACGAGGAAAAGGGGACAAUCCGAGGAGGUAGUAUUGCUUGGAUAGAUCCCUAAAGUUAAAUCGCUACAACUUUUCUCGGGAAGAAUUGGAUAUUCUUUUGGCAGUUUUAUGCUGUUUAAUGCAUUAUUCCGUAAAUUCUUUAAGGCAGGUUUUGCUCUAGAAUGUGGUCUGUGACUCUGUGUGGAUGAUUUAGUUCAGAAGUUGGAACACAUUGAGAUGUGAUAUAUCAUUCUAUCUUGAUUCGUAUUAAGGUGUAAAACUGUAAAAGUGUUUUUUGAUUCGAAUCAAGAAGAAUAGGCUUUGUAAGAUUUGGACAGUAUUGAAAGCAGAUAAGACAACUGACUUUUUCCUUCCUUAAGCUCCGCUAGGUUGGGUAAGCAUAAUCAAUCCUGGUUGAACAGAGGUUUGUUCAAAACGGUGUGAAUCUAUUUGGACCAAAGUGCAUGUACAAAAGUGCUGUUUGGCUAGUUAUGUUGGUGUGGUUUGUCUGAGGUCUGGGUGGCGGUUAAGGAAGCAGGUUUUGUCAAAUUGGGGUUCCUGAGGAAAUCUCCUAUCACUUACCUUCCUCUGAGUUCAACAAUGCUCAACACGCAUUGCUUCCAAGCUUCCAAUAUUAUGGCUGACUGCACAAAGUCACAGCUGAAGCUGAGCACAAGUCUGAAGAACAAUUCCCCACUCCAUUGGUUAUCUGUUUCCAUUAAUGUGGGGAACUCAAACAGGGCUUUCUGCCGUAGCAUAAGCCUAGGAGAGACAUCUAUGAGAUGUCAGGCAAAGUGUGAGCCCAUUGGUUUAUCCGAGGAGCAAUCUUCAAAUUCAGAGCAUCAAGAAGACAUCGGCAUCGACUAUACGGAAAUACUGCGAAGAAGAAAGAUUAGUCAAGGUAACAAAGGGAAAGAGGCGUGGAACAAGGGCAGGAAGCACACUGCAGAGACGCGUGAGAAAAUCAGGAUGCGAACCAAAGAAGCUCUUUCUGACCCCAAGGUGAAGUCAUAUUAGGAAGAAGAUGUCAGAAUGUCGCCGAUCGCUUAGCAAGAAGACCAAGAUGAGGAUGCGUUCUUCACUAAGAAAGCCAUUAGAUAAACGCUUAAAGAGGAAAAGGUCAAGGGAGAAAUUCUUGCAAGGCUGGGCCGAAAGCGUGGCAGAAGCUGCUAAAAAGGGCAGUGACGACCAGGAUGAAUUAGAUUGGGACAGCUAUGACAAGAUUAAGAGAGAGAUAUCUCUUCAACAGAUCCACUGCGCUGCCGAAAAGGCAGGGAAAAAAGAGCGGGCCCGCUUACGAGCUGAAAGAGCAGCACAAGCAAAAGUGGAAAAGAUGGAAAGACGUUCUCAAAGGAAAAAGUUGAGGGAAGAGAGAGCUGCGCUUAGAAGAGAAAGAGACAUGAGGAGAAGGUCAAAGCAAGGGAUAGAAAAUAUGGAGAUCACUGAGAAAUUGAAUCUCAAAGCAAGAUUGAUGAAGAUUCAGAAGAAGGAAUCUGUGGACAGUCAUGUUAGAUGCCAGCAUCAACGAGCAUGGGAGAAACUUGAUAUAGAUUUCAUACAGAAAGAAUAUAUCAAAAAAGAAGUUUCACUUGAAGAUCAAAUUCUUCUUGCCAAGAAGAGAAGAACUGAAAGUUUGAAUGAUAUUCACAUGGCUUUACCCCCUCAUUCUGUGGAAAGAAUGAAAGAUUGCUCAGAGUCAAGUCAGACCCAUAACAGCUAGUUUAAACUAUAAACUGGACUAAGAUCAAAUAGAGGACAAGAGUGCAGGCAGGUCUUGUAAGAUGAGAGAUGUCCAGUCAAUUUCCGAUCAAACAAGUUUGCUAACGACCCAAUUACCCAAAUGCAUAAUCAAGACAAUCACGCGACUCCGGUUCCUUCCAAGAAAUUGUAUCUUUUCUUUCUUUUUAAUCUUCUUUUUAUUAUGGUAUCCUUUAUGGAUCAAGAGGAUAUCUGUGUUUCUGUUUGAUGUGGUUGUAGGUUGCCGUACUUUGUAUAUAGUUACGGUUCUGCAUGGUUUCCAGUUCGAGGUAAACUUAAUCCCUUUUACCUAAGGGGCAGAGGUGGACCCGGUUCCAGUCCGGUGACCAGUUCCAACCGGAAUUCGCCGGUCUUUGGGACCGGACUGGGCAGUUAUUAACAGUUUUGUUAGUAUAUUGGACCCGGGGCAGUUCACGGGGACCGAUCCCGGGCUGCCAUGGGACUGAGACUGGCCGAUCCAGACCUGGUUUAGUUUUUUGUUUUGUUUUUGCAUCUCAAACAUUGGAAGCAUUUUAAAAGCAUUGUAAAUC